GAGCUGACCGUGUGUGUGUCCGAGGCGUCGUGCUGCACCCUGGAGAUGGAGGCGGCGCUCCAGCGGCUGGUGCGCAGGGACUUCCAGGCGCUGCUGCACCACAACUCCAGGUCGCUGGAGGGCCUGCUCGUCUCCGCCGCCAACACCAUACGAGAGCACGUGCUGGAGCUGCUGCGGCAGUCGGAGAACAAGACGGCGUCGCUGUUCGAGCAGCAGUACCGGCUGAUCUCGCGGCAGGCGCGCGACCCCGUGUCUGCGCUGUACGCGACGCUGGGCGGCCACCUGGAGGCGCCGCUGCAGCCGAGCGCGGGCGCCAGCGCCCCGGGGCCCGCCGCCGACCUGGAGGAGGCCGUCACCGACAUGUUCGCCGGCCUCUUCCCGCUCGUCUACCGGCACGCCGUGUCCAAGGCGCGCGACUUCGCCGCCGACUACAAGGCGUGCCUGCGCGAGGUGGCGCCAGAGCUGCAGCCGUUCGGCGACGCGCCGCGCCAGCUGGCCAGGUCGGUGCAGCGCGCGCUGGAGGCGGCCAGGGUGCUGCGCCAGGCGCUGCUGCUGGGCGCCGAGGUGCUCAACGCCACCGACUCGCUGCUCACCGGCGAGAACGGCCCCCCAGGUGGAGCGGCGGCCCAGGCGCAGUGCCACGCGGCGCUGCUCCGCAUGUCGUACUGCUCGCGCUGCCACGGGCUGCAGCGGCGCGUCCGCCCCUGCGCCGGGCUGUGCCUGAACGUGCUGCGCGGCUGCCUGACGCAGCACGCGGCCGAGCUGGACCUGCCGUGGAACGGAUACGUCGAGGCUGCUGAGAGGCUUGUCGUCGCCGUCCAGGGCCACGGCGCCGUCGACGACGUGCUGCGCUCGCUGGACGGACGCAUCACCGAGGCCAUCAUGAUCGCCAUGGUGCCCGCGCCCAACCUCGAGGAAAAGGUGAAGCGGUCUUGCGGGCCGCACAAGUGGGACGAGAGCUCGCCGGAUAGCUCAGAGGGCGAAGAGGAGGAGGAGGAGGCGGGGGAGGCAGCGGGCGGCGGAGCCCCGCGGCAGCUCGCCAGCGGCCAGAGCGAGGUGCUCGGCGUCACCCUCACGCAGGGCCACAUCACUACUGGGUCGGGCCAGGACACGCUGUCCUCGAAGCUGCAGCACUUCCUGACCAGCCUGACGAGGAGCCGCGGCUUCUACGCCAACCUGGCCGAGUCGCUGUGCUCCGACGAGAGCUUCGCCGAGACCAGGGACACGGCCGACUGCUGGAACGGCCAGCGCGUCGGAGAGUACACGAAAACUGUGGUGGCUUCAAGUGUGACUGCACAGAAGUAUAAUCCUGAACUGACAUGGACUCCAUACAACCCCGAUGCACGAAUUGCCGAGCUCAGUGACAAACUGAGGCAUAUAAAGCAGGUUGUGGUAAGCCAAUUGACAGAAACACCUCCAGCACUCUCCUUCACUCAUUACGAAGAGGGAAGUGGAAGUGGACAGGAGCCAGGUGGAGGCUGGGAUGCAGAACAAGAUGGAGGAUGGCGAGAUGAUGGCUCAGGUUCUGGAGACAUACCAAUUGUAGGUGGAGGAGCAGGAGGAGUGGAUACUAGUUCAACAGAUCAUGCAGUACAUGUCUCACCAGGUGAAGGAAGAGAUGAAAAGAAAGCUGAUUCGGGAGCUGAUACUGUAUUCUCCUGCAGUCUUCUGCUCAUUGUCUUUGGCGCAACAGCAGCAACAUCAUAUAUAUAUGAUGGUUAGAUGUGUCUGUAUACCGAUACUCCAGCUAUCAAGAAGCCUGGGUUCCCAUCAGUUCACGCAUCACCAACUCACAUCCAGUUGUGACAUCUUCUGAAAACACUGGUCAACUAUUAAAACACUGACUGUGUUGCAUUGUGUGAAAUUAGUGUAUGUACUGAAUCAUUGUGACUGAGAAAAAAAUGCAGCCUGCACAGUGCAAGCUUAUGAUAUAAAAGAGAUUUAUAUAUAUUCAUUAUUUCUUCAUAUAUUAACAAAUUAAUAUCAACCAGUCUUUAAAAUUAUAUUGUGGUUGCAAUUGUUUGUUAAUAUAUGAACAUAAUAAACAUAGUUACACUAUGAAUGAUGGCCAAUAUGGUUUCAAAAGAUGUUUAUUUUUGGUUCACAAAUUAUGUCUGUGCCCCUGCAUCUAAACUUUUGUACUUAAACAGUACACUGUAUUUGUGCACAACAUAAAAUGCUAUUAGUUUUGUUUUUCACAAAAUCAUCUUUCUAACUAUGAAAACUUAACAUCAUUUAAGGAGUUCUGAAUCAGUACACCAUUAUCAUUGUUAACAUAAAUUCCAUUGUGGUCCAUCAGAUUGAGAAGCUGAAACCGGACUGCUUCAUUAGCACCUUGGCUUGGUGAUGACUAGGCAUUUUUAUACACUCAUUCAGUGAAUAAAUGCAUUCAAACACUGCAGAAAUCAUUUUCACAGAUCAACAUACAGCACUAGCCCAUCGUUGUUUAAGGGAUGCUUCACAGCAAAAGAAUAAAUAGUCAGCACAUAAAUGACAGCUCUCAUAAAAGGCACAAGAGGCUGAUGUUAUCAUGUAAUACAGUGUUCAAAACAAAAUAAUGUUUUACAGUCAUUGAAGGAUUACAAAAAUAGUAUCAUUCUGUUAGCGAUAUGUAAAAAAUCAUCACUAAAUGCAUUGACUCUGGAAGUGUUUUCAAGUGCUUUAAUUACUCAAUGUUUCAUUCGUAGAUUUUGGCCAUACAUUUUGUCUUCAGAACCCUGCUUUCAAUUUCCACCUUUCAGUGCAUAGCUGACAUUUCCAUUUAGACACAUAAAUUUUCAUGGUUGAUAUAACAUGAGACUAACAUAUCUAGGAAGAAUGUUAUUGUGUGUGGAUGAGUGGUAGUGUGUUAAAUACUUGUGUAUUCUAAAAAUCACAGUUACGCGGUUAUACAGUGAAGUUUUACUGUAAGUUUAAAAUAGAAAUGUAUCACACAAAUUGAAAGGCACAAUUAAACUUGCUCAUAAUUUGGGGUACAAAAUCCAUAACAGUUGCACAGGGACAAUCUUCUCUUGAUUCUUUCACCCAGAACAGGCUGUCAUAUCUUCACCCUAAUUAUGUGAGCAGCAGAAGCUGUUUAAAUUGUUUACAUACUUACAUAAGUUUACAGCAUUGUGACAUAAAUCAAGGAGACAAAGUGACCCAAAAAUUAAAAAAAAAAAAAAAAAGAAAAAA